AUCACCAAAGAUUAUACCCAGAAUGGUUGCCAAGACAACCCAAUACAAGAAGACCGCCAUUUUGUUGUUGUAAAGAAAACUGAACUCUUCUGGAAUGGAAUACACGGGAAGUAGCUAUGAAGGAGACUAUCAAAAUGAAAGAAUGGAGGGUAAAGGCGAGUACACAUUUCCGCCAUCUCUCGAGACAAGAUAUGAAGGCGACAUGAAAGACGGAAUGUUUCAUGGCGAAGGCACGUUGUAUUUCUCAAAUGGAAGCAAAUAUGUUGGCAAAUGGGAAAAAGGAGUUGUAGUGGAGGGUAAAUAUACCUUUGCCGAUGGAUUGGAAUAUGAUCCUGUUGAUUGGGAGUACUGUGAUGGCUAUGAUAGAAGAUUCUACACAGAGAUAUGCAAUGGUUUAAAACCUGCAGGUCGCUCUCAGCUAACCAAUAGGAUUCCACCAAGGACAAUACCAGAGGGUUGUUACGACUGUGGAGAUGGAUUCUACAACCCAACAACAAGAGUAGUCACAGAUUAUGACAAUAAGUUCCUCAGAAAUGCAGAUGAUGAUGAGCAUGAAUGGAUUGUAAAGACAUGCAGGAAAGGAUGGGAUGAGAAUGUGGGUUACAGACCUGACCUUCACCGCUAGGGUUAGAUUUAUAAUCAGCAAUGUCGAGAUGGCAAUGUCAGACAGGCAGGCUACACCCUAUGCAGGUGGACGGGCAAGUGUUAAUCAUGAUAGGCAGAAUGCCAUGGACAGUAGUGAGUAAUGUAAACACAUCACACAAGACAUAGAACACAAAUAACAAUUAAUGUAGACAUAUCACACAAGACAUAAAACACAAAUAACCUGUGGAAAUCCAA